AUGCCCACAGCGGGAAUACAAGCCGCGACCACUGGCACAGCGGGAGCUCAGAGGGAACUUAUCUCUACCUACCUCGAUGGUCUAGCGGCUAGCAUGUACGGCCGCAAAUCCGAAGGUCCAAUAUUCGAGCCUCGGGUAGGGCCAAGCUUAGAUAUUGAGUAUUUCUAUCAAGAAAUUCUCAGUAAAAGCCCCGAAUUGGAAAGUGGACUA